CCCAUUUGUAGUUGGAAAGAAAAGCCCAAUAGCUGACUAUUCGGUAUCAGUCGCCGGUUUAUGCAGACGGGGAAAUUACGGAGACGAUCGAAAGAGGAAGGAAGGAAGAAGAAGAUGUUGAGAACUCGGCUUCUCUGGUUUACGCUUGGAUUCUCCGUCACCGGAGCUUCGGUGGCCCAUCUCGUGUGGCGGGAUCUAUACGCUGAACGCUUCGCUAUCUCUUCUGAUAUGAAAGAGAAAUUCGGAGCUCUGGAAUCUAGGGUUGCAGGUCUGGAGUCCGCCGGUCAUGAGAACCCGAGUCCAGCUCAGGUUGAGAGUUAGGGCCUCAGGGAAGCUCCCAAGCCCAACUCAUUCAAUAACUUUGCUUGGUCUAUGAGAGAGUUGCAAUCUUGAUUUGGAACUUCGCAGUUACUUCUUCAAACCAAGCUUCAAAAUGACUUGUCUUUUGUAUCGAGACCUCUUCUUUAAACAAUACUACUUGCACUUAUGUGUCACAAAACCAUCCGGCUUUCUUAUUUAUUACAAGAAAUAAUGAGUACAUUCGUUUCUUUUUAAAAGAGGGGGGUUGUAUAUGACAAUUGCAAAUCUCAAACCUUGAAGCUUGAAACCAA